AUGAAUAAGAGUGUUAAAAAACCUGGUGCAUCAACAUUCAAAGGAUUUAAAAAAAAUGAUAAAACAGGGUCAAAAGUAAAUUUAGAAGGUUUUGGACCUUUUAUAGACGGUAUAGACUAUAGUGAAGAGGUAAAAAAAUGUUGUGACUUUUUAGAAAACUAUAGCUAUAGAGAUUAUGUCUAUAAAGAUACAACUAAUAACGAAGAUGAACAUAUGGAACCUCAAGAUAUGGAUGAUAUAGAUAGUAAUACUAAUAAUAAUGGUAAUAGUGGUAACAGGGUUAAACUGGCAGAAAAUAUAUUUAAAUAUAGAGAUAUGAUAAAACAAGUUGCAAAUAGAAAAAGAAAACAAUUUGAUAUCGAAUUGGAUGAUGUUUUUUAUUAUAAAAGAGAUAUAGAAUUUGUACAAUCAAUAGAGAAUCAUACAUUAACCUAUCAUAGACUAUUUACAUAUGCAUUGGAUCAAUUAAUGCCACCACCACUUUCAGUACAAUCAACCAUCAAUAAUUCAGUCAAUAAUAGCAAUAGCGAAGAAGAAAUUUAUCAAAAUUCAGAUAUGGUUUUAGAUUUAUUAGCAGCCCAAAGAAUUGAAAGAAAAAGACAACUAUUAGAACAAAAUGAAAUAAAAGCAGAUUCAACUGAAUUUGAUUUCCCAAAAGAAAUUUUAAGAAGAUUUGAAUUACAUUUAAUACCAAGAAUAAAUAAACCAUUAAUACCAAUUAGAUUAAUUAGAAGUGAACAUAUCGGUAGAUUAGUUACAUUAACAGGUAUUUGUACACGUGUUACAGAUGUUAAACCAUUAGUAGUGAUUGCAUUGUAUACAUGUGAUUCAUGUGGUGCUGAAGUAUUUCAAGAGGUUACAUCACGUGAAUUUAUGCCAUUAUUUGAUUGCAAGAGUAAACAGUGUAACGAAGCAGGUAAAAGAGCAGGUACUCUAACAUUGCAAACUAGAGGUUCAAAAUUUAUAAAGUUUCAAGAGGUAAAAAUUCAAGAAAUUGCCAAUCAAGUACCAAUCGGUCACACUCCACGUUCAAUAAAGGUGUACAUGAGAGGUGAAUUAACAAGAAAAGCCUCUCCUGGUGAUAUUGUCACAUUAAGUGGUAUAUUUUUACCAACACCAUACACUGGUCAUAAAGCAAUACGUGCAGGUUUAUUAGCAGAUACAUUUAUUGAAGCCCAAAAAGUUACUCAACACAAAAAAACCUAUGAACAAUUGGAUCUUACAGAAGAGGUUAUCAAUAAAAUCGAGAUGGAGUCUCAAAGUGGAUCAAUUUACGAACGUUUAUCAAUGUCUUUAGCUCCAGAAAUUUAUGGCCAUUUGGAUGUAAAGAAAGCCCUCUUGUUAAUGAUGGUUGGUGGUCAAACAAAGCGCAUGAGUGACGGUAUGAACAUUAGAGGAGAUAUCAACAUUUGUUUAAUGGGUGAUCCGGGUGUAGCCAAAAGUCAAUUACUUAAACAUAUCGCCAAAGUUGCACCACGUGGUAUUUAUACUUCAGGUAAAGGUAGCAGUGGUGUAGGUCUUACCGCUGCUGUUAUCAAAGAUUCGAUAUCUGGUGAAUUUGUACUAGAAGGUGGUUCCUUAGUGUUGGCCGAUAUGGGUAUUUGUUGUAUUGAUGAGUUUGAUAAAAUGGAUGAAAGCGAUCGUACUGCAAUUCACGAAGUUAUGGAACAACAAACCAUCUCUAUCGCCAAAGCUGGUAUUACCACAACACUUAAUGCCAGAACUUCAAUUUUAGCCGCUGCCAAUCCUGCAUUAGGUCGUUACAAUUUCAGCUAUACUCCAGAAGAAAACUUUAGGCUUCCACAUUCAUUAUUAUCACGUUUCGAUCUUUUAUUCCUUAUGGUUGACAAAGCAGAUUUAGAAGCCGAUCGUUUACUCUCUGAGCACGUUACAUUUGUACAUAUGCACUCAAUGCCACCACAACUCUCUUUUGAUCCAUUCGACCAAGAAUUUAUUCGUGCAUAUGUUUCACAGGCAAGAAAAAUAACACCACAUGUUCCAAAAGAACUAACUGACUUUGUUGUUGACUCUUAUAUCACCCUCAGAAAACAAGACUCUGAAAGUAAGCAUCCAUUCACUUAUACUACUGCUCGUUCACUUUUAGGUAUUCUUCGUUUAGCUCAAGCAUUUGCAAGAUUAAAAUUCUCUGAAACUGUUUCAAAAGAAGAUAUUGAAGAGGCUAUGCGUCUUAUGUUUAUGUCUAAAGAAUCGAUUAGAGUUAGUAAGGAAAAGAAAGCACAUGUUAAUCCAAUUUCAGCUAUUUAUUCAAUUAUCAAAGACUUUUGUAAACAAAAUAAAGUUUCAAAAGUUAAUAUUUUAGAUAUCCAGCAAAAAAUAGUUUCAUCUGGCUUCACUAAACAACAAAUGGAAGAAUGUUUUAGUGUUUAUAAAGAUGUUUUAUAUAUUAAUUCAGGUUCAAUAUUAUUAGUUUAA